CCGUCGGCCGUUUAACUCCGCCCUUCCUGCUGCCUUUUCCUUUUUUAGGUGCCCCUCACGGAGGUUGAAGAGCCGUUGCCGUCGUCGUUCUCGCCGCCGACGCCUCUUGCCGUCACUGCUGCCUCCGACCCGGGAAAAGGGGAAGCGAAGCGCGUCGUAUGUCCGCUAUCCAGAACCUCCACUCCUUCGACCCCUUUGCUGAUGCAAGUAAGGGUGAUGACUUACUUCCUGCUGGGACUGAGGACUACAUCCAUAUAAGGAUCCAGCAAAGGAACGGCAGGAAAACCCUUACCACAGUCCAGGGCAUUGCUGAUGAUUAUGAUAAAAAGAAACUAGUGAAGGCCUUCAAGAAGAAGUUUGCCUGCAAUGGUACUGUGAUUGAGCACCCAGAGUAUGGAGAAGUGAUUCAGCUUCAGGGGGACCAGCGCAAGAACAUAUGCCAGUUCCUUGUUGAGAUUGGACUGGCUAAAGACGACCAACUGAAGGUCCAUGGGUUUUAAGUGCCUGUGGAUCACCAAAGUCUCAAGGGGGAAGACUUCCCUACGAUGAGAAACUCUUUGUGUCCCAUGUCGCUAGUUUAAAAACAAGCAAGCUUGCAUAAUGUAAUCGCAUCAGGUUCCCUUUUUAGUCUGGACUAGUGUAACUCAGCAAUGUAAUAAACUGACAAGAGCCCA